CACCAAACGAAGGGUGCCGCCCACCACGGUCCAAUUACAGUCAUGACACCUUUUGCUCUUGUCGCCGAGCGGUUUUACGUUCAUCGCUGCUGCAGGGCCUAUUCGAAUCACAUCCCCGCACUGGAUGAUUCGAUAAGGCUGUUUUCAGGCAACAGACUGCCUUGCACUUGGGACGACGUGAGAGCGACUGUGAACGCCGAGCCACCACCUCACUUGACCUCACCUCUGCUCCUGCACUAAGCUGCCAGCCUCGAACCUCCCACCAACCUCCAACAACCAUCGUCGGCUUCAACAGCGACACCACCACGCACCACACCCCUCAGCGUAGCUCCAACCUACCCCACUAUCACAAUGGCUACGCCGCCCAAGUUGACUCUGCUGAACAUCCCGCUCGAGGUGCGCCACGAGAUCUAUGGUCAUGUCUGCGAGCGCGACGACGGCCCCAAGAACCUGCUGCGAGACUGGUUCGGCAAGCGCGAGCUGAAGGAGCUCGCCAAUGCUGGCCAAUCUCUGCCUGCUUCUAAUCUGCUAGUUGAAGACGGGGAGGACAAUAACGAGGCUGAAGAGGAUGAGGAGGAUGACGGAGAAGAAGAGGAUAAGGAGGAGGACGAAGAUAUGGAGGAGGCUGAGCCCGAAGACGGCGACGGCGCAGAUGGAGAUGGCAAUGCCACUGCUGCUGCCGAUGCUACCGCCACAGCUACCACCACCGCACCAGCUCGCCCCAAGAUCUCUCGCAAGUGGCGCCAUGUCCCCGCGAUCAUAUCGCUGACUGCGUGCCCUCCUACGGUCUCGAUGCUCCAAUCCUGCCAGCAACUCCACGACGAGGCUACCGACUUCUACUACAACACCGUCGUCCUGCGCAUCAACUGCACCGCCAGCUUCGGUCACAUGGCCUACUUCGAAGGCCUCAUGAACAUCCUCGCGGAGACCGCCUUCUCCCCCGCUGAGUCGUUCCGCAAGAUCGAGCUGACCUUUGUCUGGGACUCCCAGUGGCUCGCCGCCUCGCCCGACUACGCCUCCAUCUUCGUUGCCUUGUUGCGUGAGCGCGCGCGUCUUGUCGCGAAGGUCUUGGAGCGGACACCCGCCUUAAAGGACCUGACCAUCCUUUGGUACGACAGCGUCCAGGACGACGAGAGCUUCAUGUUGCGCGAGAGCGUCAUUGAGGAGUUCUACCCUCUCCUUGACCGCGUGGAGAUGAAGAUCAACGACCAUUACCCUCUGAAGGAAGGCGAGGAGCCGGGCGAGGAGACCGUGCUUGGAAAGAUGCGCUUGCAGCUCGAGGAUGUGGCGCAGAACUUCGCUGCUGGCCAGGCUUUCUGACUGCUCUUCAACCCUCACGACAUUGCAUCUUCCGAACUAUAGCGACCUUCGCUGAAGCUUUCGGAGGAUGCUCUUAUACUUGGAAGCGGGUUGGAUGAGUUUUCUUUUCACUAUAGCACCAUCACGAGGUCUUCUCUAGAGGAAGACUAGGCUUUUCUUUGAUUUCAUUUCCCAUGUCAUGACUAAUGCACCACGGGGAGAUACGGCGUAUAGCUAGGGCUAGGAUAGCUCAGAGGGUUCAUACUCCUGUGAUUAUCUUACAGAAGACUUGGAAAUCGAAAUUCUCUUACAAUUAAUCAAAUAAUGUGCUACAAUCAUGAUCCUGUGCGUGCUUGAAGCCGCUUACAAUAAUACCUGGAGCGAAAACAUGAGUCACUAUUUUGUCAUUCAUCCCAUUUCAAGGCUCAUGC